AUGAGAGAGAGCAGCAGCAUCAGCUAGCGUAGCAUCUGAAAUGUAUGUGGUGGAGAGCAAGGUGGGCGCCAUAGGGUGCAUGCUGGUGUCCCUCUUCUUCCUCGGGACAUGGCCUGCUGUCAUGACUCUGCUAGAAAGGCGCGGUCGUCUUCCUCAACACACCUACCUUGAUUACACCCUCACCAACCUCAUGGCUGCUGUUAUCAUUGCUUUCACCUUUGGUCAGAUUGGCAACGCUCAACCCAACUUCUUGUCUCAGCUUUCUCAGGAUAACUGGCCUUCUGUUCUGUUUGCCAUGGGGGGUGGAGUGGUCCUUAGUGUUGGAAAUUUGUCAACACAAUAUGCUUGGGCUUUUGUUGGUUUAUCAGUUGUAGAAGUGAUCACAUCAAGCAUAACUGUUGUUAUAGGAACAACAUUGAAUUACUUUUUGGAUGACAAGAUCAACAAAGCCGAGAUUCUUUUCCCAGGAGUUGGUUGCUUUUUGAUUGCUGUUUGUCUAGGUUCUGCUGUUCAUUCAUCUAACACAGUUGACAAUAAGGCCAAGCUCAGUGAUUACAAAGAUGCAGCUAAGGGCACUAGUGUAACCACUUUUAAAGAAACAAGUGAAGUUGAGUCGAAAGAUCUAGAAGAUGGAACACACAAAGCCAAAGCAGGAACUGCAGCUUUUCUUAUAGAGCUUGAGAAAAAAAGAUCUAUUAAGGUGUUAGGGAAGAGCACUUUCAUUGGAUUGGCUAUAACUUUCUUUGCUGGAGUUUGCUUCUCUCUAUUCUCUCCAGCAUUCAAUUUGGCAACAAAUGACCAAUGGCACACUUUGAAGAAAGGGGUUCACCACUUGAGUGUUUACACUGCCUUCUUUUACUUUUCAGUCUCAUGCUUUGUUAUUGCCAUCAUUCUUAACAUCACCUUCCUCUACCACCCUGUCUUAAACUUACCCAAGUCAUCACUGAAGGCUUAUUUGAGUGACUGGGAUGGAAGAGGUUGGGCUUUCUUGGCUGGUCUACUUUGUGGCUUUGGGAAUGGCCUCCAAUUUAUGGGAGGUCAAGCUGCAGGAUAUGCAGCAGCAGAUGCUGUUCAAGCACUUCCACUAGUGAGUACCUUUUGGGGCAUUGUUUUGUUUGGAGAGUACCGCAAAUCAUCAAGAAGAACAUAUGUGCUACUUGGGAGCAUGUUGCUUAUGUUUGUUGCGGCUGUUGCUGUAUUAAUGGCAUCAUCAGGGCAUCGAAAAUGAUCAUAAUACUGAGCAAGAGGAAACGAUAGCAAAGACUGAAAGGUGUUGAAAUGACUAAUUCCGUGCUCAAAGGAUAAAUGUGUAGUAGUAACUUUGUUGAGGAAUAUUCCAAAAAUAUACAAUAAUGUGUUGAAGUAUUCUCAAAGUUGAAUCAUGUUAAUCAGAGACAAAUUAUCAACUGUUUAGAAAAAAAAAAGGUGUAGGUAGACCAAGAAAGUAAAUUAGGAACACAGUCUAAAUCUUACGUAUGUCAUAUUCAGUGACUUUUUAGCUUUUUGUGAGAUAAUUAUUUUGACUAACAUAAAUAUCUCUACAAAGUCUUAUUUUUCUUCUUC